CAAGGACGCCGCACCUGGGGCUUGAGUUCGAGUCCGAGCCUGAGUUCCCUCUGUUCCGUCUCUUUACUGUGUGUUCCUCUGUUCUCUCUUAUCGUCUUGAUUUAAGUUAAAAUUAUCUUCUUUAAAAAUGUGUGGAUUGGAUAGCGGUCAAGCGCGUGGUUCUUUUUUUAUUUAUUUUUCUGGGCAACCAGCUACAGUCGACACGUGAGUCCAGCCCGUGUCUUGGCUCGAGUAGGAGUUGGCGUGAUAUACUAUUAAUUAAGAUUAGAUUUGAUUGAUUUAUCUUAAUAGAGAAAUUAUUCCGUCGGGUCAAAAUAUAAACCGAACAUUCGGUGAUGGCCGAGGAAAAACGGAGAGAACGGGCAGUGCCGUAUCAGUCUCAAUUGCUGUAACUUUUUCCUGAUGCAACUUUUUCCAUUAGUUGGACUGAUAGUCAAAAGUUGUGGACGAUGAUGGUAGCCGGUAGCGUCACUGAACAUGUCACAUUUUCAUUUUAUUUAUUUAUUUAUUUACGGAAACUGGACAUGAUUGUGCCCAAUUUGAUCUCUAAACACUCCAUCCCCAUUUCUUGCUAAUCAAGAAUCGUCGCCUAUAAAUGCCCCGUAAAACUUCACUCACGGCUCCAACAAUCCAACCUCACAUAUUCAACAAAUACGAUAUGUCGGAGUCCAAGGAAACCGUAGUCCUCUUCCCCUACUCCUCCGGCAUGGGCCACCUAAUCCCGAUCCUCGAGCUCGCCAAGCUCUUCGUCGCGGACCAUUUCUCCGUCGCGGUCGCCCUCGUCGACUCUCCAUUCUCUCCCCCCGUCAACUCGUCCUUCGUCACCGCAUUCUCAUCGACCCACCCUUCAAUCUCCUUCCACUUCCUCCCCGAACUCUCUAUCCCCGCUGCCGAGUUCUCCCCUUAUCGCCCCCUCGCCAACCUCCAGCUCGUCCGGCGAUCAAACCCUCUCCUGUCGUCCUUCCUGGUCUCUCUCGAUAAAAGCUCGCCGGUCCGUGCUCUGGUUUUCGACAUGUUCUGCACGUCCGCGCUCGACGUGGCGAGGCAGCUGGACAUCCCGUUCGUGUUCUUUCCCAGCAGCGCGUCGGCCCUGUCACACUCGUGCCAUCCGAUCAUGCAGUCUGAUGCGCCCGUCAACUUCAAGGAUCUCGGCGAUGCCUCCGGUGAAGUUCCCGGCUGCCCGCCGAUGCCCCCGAUCCCGGCUUCGCACGUGCCGGUGCACUUUCAGGACCCGGAGAGUGAGAUUGGCAAGGCGCGUGCGUAUGACAUGGAGCGGAUCCCGAGAGCUGACGGGGUUCUGGUUAACACGUUUGAAUCUCUCGAGGAAGGAGCGGUUAAGGCUUUGAAGGAGGAGGUUAGCUGUCCAAUGCCGCCGGUUCACUGUAUCGGACCGUUGAUCGGUGGAGGCGAGGGGGAGGGUCACGCGUGUCUCACGUGCCGAAGGGGAUCGUGGUGUUCUUGGUUUCGGGAGCAUGGCAGCUUCUCCGCGGAGCAGGUUAAGGAGAUUGCCGUGGGUUGGAGAGUAGCGGGCGGGUUCCUGUGGGUGCUUCGGGACCCAACAGGACCCGACCCGGAUUUUGGCCGAACUGCUGCCGACAGGGAUUUUUGGAGCGGACUCGCGGAUAGAGGAAUGGUGUUGGGUCGCCCGCAGGCGGCGGUGCUGAAGCACCUGUCGGUGGGCGGGUUUGUGAGCCACUGCGGGUGGAACUCGACGCUGGAGGCGAUAUGCAACGGUGUGGCGAUGAUCGCGUGGCCGUUGUAUGCGGAGCAGAGGAUGAACAUGGCGUUCUUGGUGGAGGGGGCGAAGAUAGCGGUGGAGAUGAAGGGGUUUGAUAAAGAGAUUGUGAAGGCGGAGGAGGUGGAGGCGAAAGUGAGGUGGAUGAUGGAGUCCGAGGGAGGGAGGGAGAUGAGGGGGAGAGCGGUCCAAUUUGACCAGUUGUAUGUGUUUGUUUUGCUGCAACUCACAGUUGCAGUUGCAACCACAGUUGCAACAUAUGACUUACGUAAAAAAUGGCCGCAAGUCAUAGUUGCAACUUAG